GCUGUCCUCAUACUGAGUAGCAUCUGAUGUUAAACAGGUCUGCCUGCUGGACGACCAAAGGAAUAAACGCACUGCACGGCAUUAAUAUGUGAAAAUGUGGAAGGACGCGAAAGGGGAGUCUGUUGGAAAGCGCUGUGAUUGGAACGCACGGGCUCAGCUGAGAUCAGCACCCUGGACAGCGCAUCUCCUCAACUUUCACUCCAAGCUGGAGCUGUUCUGCUCGACUCAGCAUGGCUCUGGGUGAAGAUGACGCGACGCUGAAAGCUUUGAAGACCACCCUGCGCUGCCAAUAAGUCUGGAUAGAGCCAUGAACUUGUGGGAGACGCUGCUGGAGCUGAUCAUCGCCGCGAUCGCCGUGGCGUCGCUGCUGUCCAACGUGCUGGUGCUGCUGUGCUUCGCUUCCAGCGCGGAGAUCCGCGCGCAGGUGCCCGGUGUCUUCGUGCUCAAUCUGUCCUUCUGCAACAUCCUCGCGGCCACGGUAACCAUGCCCUCCACCAUGCUCGGGGUAGCACGUGGCGGGAAACCUUUCGGAGACUUGUACUGCUGGAUCCUGAGCUUCGCGGACACCUUCUUGACCACCAACACCAUGCUGAGCAUGGCUGCCCUGAGCAUCGACCGCUGGGUUGCUGUGGUCUUUCCCCUCACCUACUCCAGCAAAAUGAGGUACACAAGAGCGUUUGCCAUGCUGGGCUACACGUGGCUCCAUUCCCUCGCCUUUGCCUUGACCCCAGUGCUCCUCUCCUGGGCUGAUUACAGCCCCACUUACGCCUCUUGCACCAUCGUGCGCCCGGACCACUCACACCCAGCACACAUCCCCUUCACCGUGUUCACAGCGCUGCUUCACGGGGCGUCAUUCGCGCUCUCUCUGACAGUGCUCUGCCUCGCCUACCUGAAAGUGCUUCAAGUGGCUCGUUUCCACUGCAAGAGGAUUGAUGUGGUAACGGUGCAGACCCUCUUACUGCUGGUCGACAUUCAUCCCAGUGUCAAAGAAAGGUGCUUACUGGAGCAGAAGAAAAGGAGGCAGAGAGCUACCAAGAAGAUCUGUGUAUUCAUCGGCUCUUUCGUCCUGUGUUUCAGCCCUUACGUCAUAACAAGACUGACAGAACUGGUUCCAUCGGUGAGGAUCAAUCGCCACUGGGGGACUGUCAGCAAGUGCCUGGUGUACAGCAAAGCUGCGAUGGACCCUUUUGUAUAUUCCUUGCUACGGCAGCAGUACAGAAAGGCACUCAUUGGCAUGACCAACAGGAUUCUGGGCCGCAAUGCGUACUCCUCCUCUGGCCACAGCAGCUCCUCAGACACAGACAAUGAAUGCAACCUGCAGCAUGUUGGCUAAAUGCUGAAGGCUAGAGAGAAAAGAAAAGAGGACGCUGACACGUUCAACCCUUCAACCUUCAAGCAAUUUCCUCAGGAGCCCACAAGAGUGGACAACAGACAAUUAGUUGAGCGUUUACAUUGCAUAUCUCAACAAAGAGGUAUGCAAAUAAGAAACAGACUGUAUAUGACAUGUUUUCUUUUAAUGCCUACCCUACUCAUGGUUGACAUCAUGCCUCCAAAGGAUGGUGGACAGUUUAACAGUCAGUCAACAAUCCAGCAUCCUGUCAUUUGUAUAAAUUAAAAUGAACAAGGCGUUCAUUCACCAGUGGCUGCGAUUAACAGAGUGCGCUUAUCUUUCCUAAACUGCACAAAUGCACAGACAUAUGGCUGUAAAUCAAACCCUCAUGAAUCCACACAGACAGAUUCUAUGCUAUUAUUAUUGUUUUCUUUUUUCAAACAAAUGGAUAAAAGAGAAAAGAAAAAUCCAAACCUCAAAGCACCUGGUUAUCAAGGUCUUCAAAUCCCACGUUGCUUUCAAACACCUGAAAAAGCUCAGUCCCGUAGGUGGUCCAACUAGGGCUGGAUUAUAGGGUUAGUACAGAGCUCUGCUGACAGUGCGCCCUUUUUUUUGGGUUUUCUGGUGGAUUAUUUGCCCAUCAUGGCUCAGCUCAGUUCAGCAGCUAAAGGCAUGACUGUUAGCUCAGGGUUGAGUGCUCCUCCACCUCAGAUGCAAGCAUGCUGCCGUGUGGAACUAGCUGAAGUUCCUAAGUGACGUAGAGAAUGUGCUGCACAACAAAACACUGCCAUGUAUUUUUAUGCCUGUAUAUAUUGGUACAAAUAAAGUAAAAGUCUCAGUAAAGUUAAUUAUCAUACAUUGCCAAAAUAGUUCAGUCAAAUGACCUCUGAAAUGAUAACGGUGGCUCGUUUGAGAAACCAAACCUGUCUUGAAGUUACUAGUAUGGCUUGAAAACUACUGAUGACAGAUGAAGGCAGACCUACAACAUGACAGAUUUUCUAUGUGUCAAUACUGUAAAUACCUUAAAGCAUUCCUGUUUGCCCAUCUACCUGCUAAUGGAGGGUCGAUUUUGUAUUUUUGUAAGAGCCCACAGUUACAUUAAUGUGGUUUAUGCAUG